AUGGGACUUAUCCGCAGUACCUUCACCACCGCCCUUCUCGGAGCCGCAGGUGCCACAUCCGGCUGGGCUUUCUGGACGCGCAAUUCCAGAUUCAUCCCCGUCUCCCCCUCGGAUCCGAUAUUUUCAAGCGCAGCCUACAUGCGACAAAACCCCAAUCGCAAUCCUGCCACGCAAGAUUUAUGUCAAAGAAAGGUACCGCUGAGUAAGAUAAGACCGCAUUUAUUGGAGAAGGAGGGAAAAUUGGUUGAGGCUUUUUGCUAUUUAUACCAACGUUCCUACCUUUCUAAAAAAUACCAAAACACCACAACCACCUCCCACCAGCUCUGGGAACCUUCGCAACUCCUCUCCUCCACUUAUGAAGUCGGAACUCAAAUUACCGACCAUUUUGAAGUCGUCUCCAAAACGCCCACUUCAAUUAUCGUCCGCUGCGGAGAUUCGCCUUUAGUGACCGGUGUAAGGGAUAGCGAUGGGCUUUUUGAGAUGAAGGCUAGUGUUGAUAAAAAUGAGGGAGUGGCGGUCUUCGAGCUGAAGAGUGUGUUCUUUAAAGGAACCGGAAAAAGUACCGAGAAACCUAUGCCGGCACAUGUGGAGUUUGCGCAUAGAUUGUAUACGAAGUUAUGGAUGGAAACAGCCGUAGAAAAUUGUGUUAUGUAA